GGCUUUGAUUUUAUUCUCUUCUGAAACGGAAGUAUUUUCGGUUCGUUACUCAUUUCGUCGUUUGGUUAAAGGAAAACUAAAAAAAAAACCUCUAAAUUUAACAUUUAUCAAGUUGUGUAAUGUCUGUCAUCUACUUUAAUGAUAAAAUGCACGUGUUGAUCAUAGAGAUUUCUACUAUUCCACUGAAAUGUUGAAAUGUUAAGGAAUUUUGGAAGGUCGAAAUUAUUUAAUAUAUUUUGUUCGAGAAAUCUUUAUUCAUCAAUGGCACCGAAAGUAUUAUUAACUCAGAUAUUACCACCAGACUCACAAAAGCUCAUAGAGAGUGCCAAAGAUAUUGAACUUGUUUAUUGGGACAAAACAGGAGCAAUUCCACGCGAGAAAUUCUUGGAGUUGGCGAAAGGCGUCGAUGGAAUUUUAUGUAUGUUGACCGAUAAAAUUGACUCUGAAUUACUCGACGCAGCUGGGCCGAAUUUAAAAGUAGUCUCGACCAUGUCAGUUGGAUAUGACCAUGUCGAUUUGAGUGAAUUUCGUAAGCGUUCGAUUCCACUAGGACAUACACCAGGCGUGCUUACAGACGCUGUGGCGGAUAUCACGGUCUUAUUAGUUUUAGCCGCCGCGCGAAGAAUACGUGAGGGAUUUCGAGCAGUUGAAAAGGGAGAAUGGAUUUGGAGUCCAACAUGGAUGCUUGGGGUACAGUUAACAAACAAAACAAUUGGAAUUGUUGGGUUAGGUCGUAUAGGAUCUGCUACUGCCUUACGACUAAAACCUUUUAUUGGAAAUAAUGGGAAAAUAAUUUACUUUGGACGUGUUGAAAAACCUAUAGCUUCCUCUCUAGGUGCGACUAAGGUAGAAUUUGACACUCUUAUACGUGAGUCAGACGUUAUUUGUAUUUGUUGUGCACUGAAUGAAGAGACGAAAGAAAUGUUUAAUUACGAAGUUUUCAAGAAAAUGAAGAGUAAUGUGAUUCUUGUAAAUACAGCGCGUGGAGGAAUUAUCCGUCAAGAUGACCUUUGUCGAGCUUUGUCAGAAGGGAUGCUUGGUAGUGUAGGUUUAGAUGUUGUAACGCCAGAACCGUUGAAUCCAAAUGAUCCACUUUUGAAAUUCGAUAAGGUUACAGUUGUUCCACAUAUUGGUAGCGGAACUUUAGAAACACGUACUAUGAUGGCCAAUAUUGCUAUUGAGAAUGUUUUGUCUGGUGUUAGAGGAGAAACUUUGCCGCACGCUGUGGAAGUAAAUUUUGAUACAAAGUAGUUAAAAUUUUAUGCAACGUAAAUCUUUCAAAUUAAUAAUUAUUCUGUGUUACGUUGAUGAGAUCGUACAUCGUCACACUUUGUCUCAGUCCCUCAUUGUCUCAUUGUAUAAAUGAUUUUAUGGUUUUUUUUUUAGAAAAAAAUAUAGUACUUAAUGACUCAUUGCGGAAGUUUACUCCUUGGCAUUUAUUAAACAUAAUUAGAAAUUUCAUAAUGAAUUUUUAGUUAAUUAUUUCUUGGAAUUAAAAGGAGGAUUUUUUUUUGCUUACCCUAUUAGUUUAACAAAGAAAUUGUUACGCAAAAAUGAUAAUUCCGGCUAGAUCGAAAAAAAUAUUUAAGGCUUUGCCUUUACCGCUCCUAGAAUUAUGAAGAGGAGGUU